GAAGCGGAGGUCUCUUCUCCCCUCUUCCCACGUGCUCAUUUGCGUUGCGGCCGCCUCUCCUGAACCGCUCCCUCUCGUCCCGCCCUUCCCCGUGUCCAUCUCCGGCCGCCUUCCCUUGCAUCUGGCCGCGCCGCCUUCAGGCAGGUUCAGAAGCUUUGGGCGUGCCAGGUUCAUAGCUCGUUUGCAAGAUGCCUCCCCUUAAGAUCGAGGCUGGACACCAGGAUGUGGUCCACGACGUCGCCAUGGAUUACUACGGGAAGCGCAUCUCGACGGCUUCCUCGGACAACACCAUAAAGAUCGUCGGCGUCAGCGGCACCACGCAUCAGCAUCUGGCCACCCUGAGCGGGCACCAGGGGCCGGUCUGGCAGGUCGCGUGGGCUCAUCCUAAGUUCGGCUCCUUGCUUGCGUCCUGCGGCUAUGACGGCCGUGUGAUCAUAUGGAAGGAAGGGAGCAAACCUGAUGAAUGGGUUCAGGUGCAUACUUUUGGUGAGCACAAGUCCUCCGUCAACUCCAUUGCGUGGGCGCCUCAUGAGCUCGGGUUAUGCUUGGCUUGCGGUUCGUCUGACGGGAACAUUUCGGUAUUCACGGCUCGCGCUGAUGGAGUAUGGGACACUACACGCAUCGAUCAGGCGCAUCCAGUGGGGGUGACAUCGGUUUCUUGGGCUCCAGCAAUGGCCCCUGGUGCUCUGAUCACUACCGGACCUUCUGGUCAGUUUGAAUAUGUUCAGAAACUUGCAUCUGGUGGCUGUGAUAACACAGUUAAAGUUUGGAAGCUGCACAAUGGAAGUUGGAGGAUGGAUUGCUUCCCUGCCCUUCAGAUGCACAAGGACUGGGUGAGGGAUGUAGCCUGGGCUCCAAACCUUGGCCUUCCGAAGUCUACCAUUGCCAGUGCAUCUCAGGAUGGAACUGUUGUUAUUUGGACUGAGGCGAAGGAAGGUGAGCAAUGGGUAGGCAGGAUUUUGCAUGACUUCAAAACCCCUGUGUGGAGGCUGUCAUGGUCGCUGACUGGGAAUAUUUUGGCUGCUUCUGAUGGUAAUAACAAUGUGACCUUGUGGAAGGAGGCUGUUGAUGGUGAAUGGCAGCAAGUGACGACUGUUGAGCUCUAGGUGUUCAGAUUACUUGGUGUUGCCAGUCAUAUUAUGAUUGCUGACUAUUCUCUAAUUUUGAUGUAUGGUAGUUUUCAAGAUAUUGGACUUCCCUAACAUCAGAGCUCUUCCUUUGUUCCCUUUGUAAUUGCUAUGCUUCUAUUGUCUCCGGUAAUCUGUAUUUUGGCUGGCAAACAGUUCUGACAAGAACAACUUCUACUGGAAUGGAAGCAGAAAUUCGGAGUCAUCUUUUUCGUA